AUGUCUACUAUUCCAUUGCAUCAAAAUUGCAGUAACUCUAAAGAACAUGUCAUCUCUGAGCAAGAUAAAGAAAUUUUGAAAUUAAUUGAUAGCUUUUUCCUUAAGUCAUGUCUUCUGAUAUGUUCCAAGGAACUAUCCUCAUCCAAUACUCUAAGAGAAUACUGGAAUUUGUCUGAAAGUUGGUUUGAAAUUAUGAAUAAUUAUCAAAUAUAUGAUCUUCCCAAUAAUAUUCAAACUUGGUUGCAUUUCGAUGGAAAAUCUGUUUUACCCCCUUUAGUUAUUGAAAUAUACCUCGAUUUAAGAAAUUUGCCUGAAAGCUUUCUUCUUAGAUUGAUGGAUAGAGAUGGAAAUCUGUGGAGUGUGUGUAAAGGUACAAAAAAGACUGAGGUGGUCCUUGAACGGUGGUUGUUGGAAUUAGAUAAUACCACAGUCGACAAUGAAAAUAUUACAGAAGAUGGUGAUAAUCUGCUAAAUAAUCAAAUCACUUUAUUACUUCGGUAUUUGCAUACACUGAUUCAGUUACUACCUAUUAAUUCUUUGAUAAAGUCAAUUAAUAAUCAAUAUUUAUCCAUAGGUUCUAGAAUUAUCGAUGGUUCCAAACCAAUAUUAUCAAGGGGAAGAAUAGGAUUGAGUAAGCCAAUACUAACAACAUAUUCCAACAAGAUCAAUGAAACAAAUAUCCCAGCGCAUUUGGAACAGAAAAAGAUUACUCCUAUUUGGACUAAAUAUGGACUAUUAAGAGUGUCUGUGUCUUAUAGAAAAGAAUGCAAAUUUCAAUUACAAAACUUGUUUGUUUCUGAGGACAAUGAGUUGAAACAAAAUCAAUCGCAGAAGGGCAAAUUUCCUACAGGUGUUAGUCCUACAUUACAUACAAUCAGUAAUCAAGAACUACAACAAUCAACAUCCAUAUCACCCAGUAUAAGACCGAUAUUUGGAGUUCCAGGAACAUCUUUGGAACAACAACAAUUAUCUACUUCAAAAAAACAUGGAGGAAUUACAAGACAGGUUCAACCAUUUAAGGUUGGCUCUUUGAAUAGUUUAGUAUACGAGAAAAGUACUAGUCAAAUUCCAAGCAGAAACCCGUCUGUCUCAUCCGUAUAUGCUAAUGCAUCUGCAAGACGCUCAAGUAUUGGAUCUAAUUUUGCCAACAAUAAUAUAAUCAGUACAAAUGCUAUUAAUAAUAACAAUAAUAAUAAUUUGUUGGGGAAUCAUUCAGAUAGUAUUGUUUCAAGCAAUUUCGUACCAAGAGCAGAUACCGGCAGCAUUGAAAGCAAUUCUAAAUUUCUUUCAUCUUUUAGUAACAUUCGGCGUCAUUCUUCAAUAAAUAGAAAUAUUGAAAAUCUCAAUAGUAUCGAUAGAGCACUUCGGUUAGAUGAGGGUACAAUUUUAAAAGAUAAAGGAAACACUAAAAAACCAAAUUUGCUUGAUAAUACGUUUUUUCAAAAUACUAGUCAUGAUGACCUAUUAGCUUUUGUUAAGUUGCUUGACUCUAAGCCAGAAAUAAAAAUAAAAAAUAAGUUCUCAAAUCAUGCUGAGGAUGAUAACAUAUCACAAUCUCUAUUUCGAUACCAAAAUUUAAAGGUCAGUAAUAAUUUAUUAAGUGAAGACUUAUCUAUGAGUUACAUCUUGUCGCACAAUAGAGAUGCUAAUAAAGUCGAUAAUGCUUCUAGUUUGAUUGCUGAAGGACAAGAAAGACAUGAGGGGCAAUUACAAUCUGUGUCGCCAAUCACCAAAACAUUCUCUUACUCUAUGUCUCCAUAUCAUCAGGAUAACACCAAAUAUUUCAAUGUUCAUCAAAAUGAGUUUAGUGCAAGCGCCGUAAGCAGUCGCAAGAACUCCUUAAAUAAAAGUCAACAGUCUAUUUUACCACCAAUAUAUGGUGGAGAAAGUAUAUCCUAUCAUGAAGUAGAAAAAACAAUGGAACCUCAUGAAAUGCAAGUGUCUAACGCGACUACACAGCUUCAAACACAAGAAUAUGAACGUGGUAGAAGUCAAAGUGGUGUUAUAUAUAAGAAGGUUGAUCCUAGGCUGCGGCUGAACCAAUCACCUAAAUCUUUAGGAAGUUUGGAGAAGUCAAUUCAACUCAGUGAUUCGCACAAUAGGGAUAGAUUGGUAUAUAAUCAGAACUAUUAUAUCUCACAGCCAAUAUUAAUGUCAACACCAGCGCAUGCUAAAUUACACAAACCAAGUAUUCAAUCGACUGAUAUUUUGGAAGAUGAGGAGAGAAAGAUACAUGAUAUGAAUUCAUCUAAAAUAACCAGAGAUACACACAAGUUAAAAGAAAAAAGAAAUUAUCUAGAAAAUGCAACAAGUCCAGAUAUGGAAAUUGAUAAUGAGGUAGAUGAUGAAGAAUUGAUGUUUUUUAUGAGUGAUAUGAAUAAUGAAUCAGACUGUUAA